AUGGCGGCUCCGGGCCCCGUUGGGGCCGGGCCUGGGGGUCCCGGGGGUGGGAAUUCGGGGAACGGAGGCCCCCCCGAGCUGCACCCCCGUACCGGGAGGCUCGUGGCUUUGGCCCCAGGCGGGCGGAGCGCCGCGAGGGCUCAACCAGGCCAAGAAUUCAAUCACGGGUUGGUGCUGAGCAGGAGGCCGCUGGUGCCGGGCCGAGUCUUCUGUGUCCGCAUUGACCGCAAGGCAGCGCUUGUUGUGCCCCCCCCAGCAUUGCCCCCACCAGCCCCAGCCUCCCCCCACCCCCAGUCCCGCCCAGAGCAGUUCCCAGACAACCUGGAGACCCCCGAGGGUGCAGCGUGGACGGGGCCGGGUGUGGGGCCGUCCAACGAAGCGCUGCUGUUCCAUGAGAAGUGUGGGGCCCUCAUCAAACUGAGCAAUGGACACAAGACAGCCGAGCGCCGGCGCCCGCUCGAUGAGUUCAACAACGGCGUGGUGCUGACCAACAGGCCUCUGCGUGAUGGGGAGAUGUUUGAGGUAGGCUUUGAGGGGAGUCCUGGGGCUUUUAGGAGGGAAUUUGAAGUCCUAGGGAACGACUGGAAGGGAUUCUAGGGGUCCUGGUGGGUAUUUGGGGUGACCUAAAUGGUGACUGGGGGGUCCUGGAGGGCAUUUAGGGGAUUUUGGAGGGAAUUGAGGGGCAUCUGGGAGGUCCUAGAGAAGAACUUGGGGGAUCCAAGAGGGAUCUUGGAAGUCCUGAAAGGUAUAUACUUAAAAAGGGAGGUCGUGAAGGGUAUUUAGGGGGUGCUGGAGAGAGAUUAGGGGAUCCUAGGGGGGAUUGAGGGGCAUUAGGAGGCCCAGGGGGGGAAUUAGGAAAAUGUUAUGGGUGUCCUGGAGACCCUUCAGGAUGUCCUGGGGGGGGAUUUGGGAGCCUUACAGAGCAACUGGGAGGAUUGUGGAGUCCUGGAGGGCGUCUCUGGGGUCGAGGGGGGAAUUGGGAGUCCUAGGGAAUAACUGGGGGGGUCCUGGAGGGUAUUUGGGGGGGUCCUAGGGGGAAUUGAGGGGCAUCAAGAGGUCCUGGAGAGUAAUUAGAGAGAUCCUAAGAGUGUCCUGGAGGUCCUGAAGAGCAUUUAGGGGGUUCUGAAUGGUAACUCGGGGGUCCUGGUGGUCCUGGAGAGUGUUUACAGGAUCCUAGGAGGAACUGAGGGAUAUUUGGCAGAUAUUAGAGGGGAACUAGGGGGGGUCCUGGGAGUCCUAGGGA